AUGGAAGGGGUAUUUUUCAAUGUCGACAACGGGUAUAUCGAGGGAGUAGUGCGGGGCUACCGUAACGGGCUGUUAACCAGCAGCCAGUACCUGAAUUUGACACAGUGCGACACGCUGGACGAUCUGAAGCUACAGCUCUCCUCUACGGACUAUGGUGGAUUUCUGUCGAACGUGGCAUCGGAGGCGCUGACGACGUCGGUAAUACAGGAACGGGCGUCGCACAAGCUGUACCAGCAGUUCCAGUACAUCCGGGACCAGUCGAGCGGGACGACGAGGCGUUUCAUGGACUACAUCACGUACGGAUACAUGAUCGACAACGUGGCGCUGAUGAUCACGGGGACAGUGCACGAGCGCGACAAGGCGGAGAUUCUGCCGCGGUGCCACCCGCUGGGCUGGUUUGACACCUUGCCAACACUAACGGUGGCCACAGACCUUGAAUCUCUGUACCAGACGGUACUGGUAGACACGCCGUUGGCCCCAUACUUCCGCGACUGCUUUGACGGAGCGGACGAGCUGGAUGACUUGAACAUCGAAAUCAUCCGCAACAAGCUUUACCGCGCGUACCUGCACGACUUCCAUGAGUUCGUGAGCUCGGAGGUGCCUGAGCCGGCGCGUGAAGUCAUGCAGAGCUUGCUCGAGUUUGAGGCAGACCGCCGUGCGAUCAACAUUGCGUUGAAUUCGCUGCAGUCUUCUGAUGUCAUUACCUCCGAGCUGAAGCGGGAGUUGUUGCCUAACAUGGGCAAGCUGUACCCCACGAUCACUGAGCAGCUCGCCACGCAGGCGAUGGACUUCGAGGGGCUGCGGACCGUCCUCAGUAACGUGCACGAAUAUAGGGGCAUCUUUGACACAGGCAAUAUCGAAGACCAGUUUUAUAAAAUCGAGAUGGAGUUGUGCCGCGACGCGUUCACCCAGCAGUUUACUGUGUCGACAAUCUGGGCGUGGAUGAAGUCCCGCGAACAAGAGGUACGCAACAUUACCUGGAUCGCAGAGUGCAUUGCGCAAAACCAGCGGGAGAGGAUUAACAACUACAUCUCCAUAUAUUAG